AUGGGUAUCCAGGAUGCAAACGCACUCUGCGAAGCUGUUUUGGGAUUCAAUGAUGUUGUUGAGAAAGUAUGCAAGUCUGUUGUUGAGGAUAUUCUUGGCGAGUUGUACACUCAAUUAAAAAAGUUUGAGCCAGAUCAUUCGGCGUGUACGCAUUUGCAUCUUUGUGAUGCUUGUAUUGUUCCUGGAUUCUAUACGGAAGCUCCAACACAACUUCCAAAUAUUCAACAUAAACAAGAAGUAGAUGCUGCAACGUUGAUUCGCGGGAUUGCAAAGUUACACCACCUUGCAUUCAAGAAGUUAACAAUGGUGGACGUUGAGAAAAUGUCGGACGCGGAGUUGCGUGCCGAACUGACCAGUCUCGGGGCGAAUGUUGGCCCAGUCACAGGGACUACUCGAUCGCUAUAUGAGAAAAAGCUUAAAAAAUUGAUUGCUGGUGGUGCUAAGACACCUGCUCGCCCUACUCCAUCUGCAUCUGUUGUCGCAAAAUCAGUUCCGAAGACAACACAAAAAGCUGUUCCAAAAUCUCCAAGCAGAAAACCAGAAAAAACUCCUGAUACUUCACGUCGCUCUAUUCCUCGGGCCGCAGCUAACAGCACUAUAAAUUCAACAUUCAAUCGAUCCGAGGUCGAAGAAAUGAGUGAUUCUGAUGACGGUCAAGAGGACGAGGAGAUUCUCUCUCCAAAAUCUCGUCAAGCUUCAUUCCGUAGUACAGACACCACCACUAGUAGUGUCGGACGAGGGCGUCCGGUUUCUUCUACACCAACGAAAAAGAUGUCUCCAAUCAACAAACCAUCACCAUUUACAACUUCAUCGGCUGCUAGAAUCUCCUCUACAAAAACUACGAUCAACACUACCACUCGUAUUCCAACAACUCCAAAGUCAGUUCAUGUGCCAGUUCCUGGGCUGAUUACUGAUUUCACCCCUAGUUUCGCUACUUUCGGAAGUGAUCGCCCCGGUGCAACUCCACCCAGAAAGUCGAUUUAUGCUUCGAAAGUUACGAAAGGGCUCCACGAUUUGGGUAAUACCACAGGAGAAGAAGAUGAUGAUGAUUUUGAAGGACAGGAGUCUAGCAGAAUAAUCUAUAAGAGUGAAGAACCUUCGAAAGGAAUCGUUAAAAACGCAUGGAACAAAGUGCUUGGUUAUGGAUUCAAUGCAUCCAAGGUUCCAGGCGAGAGCUAUGAUCUUCGUGCUGGUUCAUCUCGAGUUCGUGUCCAGAAAAAUCCAAGAACUGGAAAAGUUACUGUGAAGCAGUCAAACAUUUUCAACGACGCGAUUUGGGUGGCAUUGUAUGCCAUCAUUAUUCUUUUCGUUGUUCUUGUCAUCGCGUACGCAUUGACUACUCAUCAACCGAAAACUGCCAAUCUUGCUGGGUACUGGGGAGUUUUGAAAGCAGCUGGACGAGAUUCUAUCAACUUCUUCUACAAUUACGCCAUCCUACCAAUCGCAACUCUCGGCAUUCUCGUAAUCAUUGGAGCAGGGAUUUAUCUCGGUCAUCGAAAAUACAAGGAACAAAAGGAAAUAGAGGAAAACAAACUUUAUGAUCUUAUUGAGAAUAUUACUGACCUCAUCAAGGCAUCAAAUGCAGAAGGGGAUGAGUAUUUAUCGCAACCUCACGUUCGUGACCUCAUGUUCCCACCAGCUAAAAGACGCGCCGCCGAAAUGACUCGCUGGGAGAAAGCAGUUGAGUUCAUUGAUACCAAUGAGUCGCGUGUUGCUACUGAUGUCCUCGUUCUCCCAUCAGGAAACGAAUGUGCUGUCUGGAAAUGGGUUGGCAAUAAAUCGACUCAAAAGAGAUGGUGA